AUGCGCUACUCGGACCUCUACCCCCGCUGCACAAGGGAAGACCACGUGAGGAAGAAGAACUGCAGCAACAACCCGCGCUGCCUGUACGGGCUGGGAGAGGGGAAGGAGGGCAUCUGGAGCAGAAAGCCGGCCCUCAUCGCAGCACUGGGGGAAGACAUGUCGGGAAUGGUCAAAGAGCUGCCUUCCGAGAGCACGCGGGCUGCAACAGCAGCAGCAGGCGGGAGCUCCGCGGGUCCCGGGGAUGCUGUAGUACCGUUCCCGCCCCCCCGCAUGCAACGCCAGCCGACGGGCCUCAAAAACCUGGGCGCGACUUGCUACCUCAACUCACAGCUACAGGCCCUGUUCGCCAACAAGGCCUUUCGGGAUGGCGUUUUCUCCUGGAGGCCCUCGGUGCCGGCAGCAGGGGGAGAAGGGGGAAGCUCGGCAAGAGGAAGCGGCGCGAAUGGCAAGAGCGACGCUGGUGCUGGUGCAGCUGCGGGUGCCGGCAGCAGCAAUGGUGGUGGCGGUGAAGGCGAUGCUACGUGGGUUUCCAAUGGAGGAGGCGGAGGGGGAAGGGCGGCCGGGGAGGGUGUGGAUUCAGUGGAUUUGGAGGUGGCAUCUUCGGACAAUGCCAUCAUGAGGGAGCUCCAGAUGGUGUUCGGGCACAUGCAAGAGGGCAUAUCCAAGGUCUAUGAUCCCGCUGGCUUCCCCGCCCUGCUUCGCAUGGACACCGGCUCUCAGCAAGAUCCGCAGGAGUUCAGCAACUUUUUCCGGAUCCUCCUGGAGCGGUGCUUUCAGCGGAGCCCCACCCCCCUCCGCACGUUGGUGCAGGAUACAUUCUGCGGGGAGGUGGCGUACAUCACUCGAUGCCUCAAGUGCAAGGCCGGGCCUCGGCAGCAACGGACGUUCAACGAUCUCGUCUUGCAGAUCAAUCAUCACCGGUCCAUUGAAACCAUACUCGAUGGCCACCUCGAGCACGAAAUUCUCGUCGGCGCCAACCAGUACAACUGCGAGAAGUGCGGCAAGAAGCAGGACGCUGAGACGAUGACGGAGCUUGUGCGCCUUCCCCCGGUGCUGUCGCUGCAGCUGGUUCGAUACGAGUAUGACUUGAAGACCAUGGCUAAGAAGAAGAUCAAGGCAGCCAUCUCGCUCCCGCCGACGCUGGACAUGGGCCCGCGACUAGGUCCACGAGGCGACGGGUCUAAAGUAGGGGGGGGAGAAAGAGGAAAAGGCGUGUCUCCCAAGGGGGGGAAGGGGAGCAACGGUGACGACGAUGAGGAGUACGUGUACGAGCUGCGAUGCGUGCUGUACCACAAGGGGAGCAACGUCCACUCCGGGCACAUCGUGGCAGAGGCUGACGACUCCGAUGGUGGUCGGAAGCAAGUCGAAGAUCAAGACCAAGCCGAGGAAGGUGACAGUGAUGACAGUGAUGGAGAUGCCAAGAACCCUGCCCAGGCAAAGCAGUCCACCGCCAGCAAGGGCAAACGUAAGGCUCACGCGAGAGGGAGCGCGGUAGCGGGGAGACAGCGCGGCAAGCGAAGCAAGGUGGUAGAAGAAGAGGAAGACGACGACGUGAUGCUGGACAACGGGCAAGAGCACGGCCCUGACGACACCCACCUCCACGAGUCUCUCCGAGGCAAGGGGGGCGCCGCGCCGUCCCAGCCGCGGGGGAACCAGCCGUGGUGCCCGAACUGCCUGGGCGACAACCGCCUUCCGGGCGAGAAGACGAUGGGCAGCGACAGCAAGAGGUGCCCUGGCUGCGGCCUGCACACGCACGCCCGCUGCCGCCGGAAGAGGCCGGAGGCCUCGCCCGGCGCAGCAGGCGCCACAGGCGGCGCCGGAGCCGCGGACGGCUCGUGGGCGUGCGACGAAUGCAAGCGUCGGGAGGACGGCGUUGUUGUGGCCGGCGGUGACGACCCAGUCUGGUUGCGGCUGAAGGCGGCCAGGCUGGACGGGGGCUUCAAGGUUUCGUCACUAUCCCCGCUGCAGCCGUCCUCGACAGCCGCCGCCGCUGCCGCCGCUGCCUCCCGCGGGUCGCCGAGCCGUGUUGUCAUGCAAGCUAUUUCUUCGCUUGGCUCGGCGACGGUGGCGGCAGCGGCGGCGGCAGCGGCGGCAGCGUUUCGUCCAGCAUCACGUCCGCCUCAUUCUCCUGCUAUGCCUGAGGCGGCGGCGGCGGCGGCGGCGGCCGCGCCUGCCGCCACCACGACCGGAGAUGCUGCGCAAGACAGGGACAGUGAUCAUAAGGCCAACAGCGGGGACAAGGAUGACCAGACUUUCUCCGCGCACUUGGCUCGGAGUAGCCGCAGGACCAACGGCGGAGGUGAGGGAGCAGGCUCGAAAGAAGGCCACAGCCAGACUGAAGCAGCUUCAACACCUGCACUAACUGCACUAACUGCACUAACCCCGGUGAGACGAAGGCGAGGAGAUGCGGAGGCACGAAGGGCGGCGGCAGCAUUGGCCAGAAUAGAAAAAACCGAAGCCGAAGAACAAGAAGAAGAAAAAUUCUGCGGAACUCCCUAUGACGCCAUCGUCCCUGCGGGAGGCACCACCCGUGGCUCGAGGCAAGGCCCGCGCCUGGGCAGUGGCGGCGCCGGCGGGGGCGAUGAUGCCAAGGCGGAGUGGCAGGAAAACGGAGCGCAGCAGGCACCGGAUGCUUCGGCGCACGUUCGUGGCGGCGGGGGGGCUCGGGAAGAUGGUGCAGCCGUUUCGGCAGAUGCGGACGACGAGAGGGAAGAAACCGAGGUGGUCGAAAGCAAAGUUGGCGGCGUUGUUGCGGAGGAUGGAGACGGCUGCGGUGGUGGCAGGGGCGGCGGUGACGACGGUAGUGUCGGCAGUGGAAAGGGCGGGCAGGCGGGGGCGAAGAAGCCACGCGGCUCGGAGGACGCGUACAUGUUGAUCUACGUCAAGCGAGGGGUUGCGUGGGGGCCCAGCAGUGCCGAACGAGACGCCGAGAAGCUGCCGGAGGAUGUGCUGGCGGCUGUGCAAGCAUCGAACGAGACGUUACUUGCGAACGUGGACAGAUACGACUGUGAGAAGCUUGUACUAGACGGGGACAUGCAAGACAGGCGGGAGCUCUACGCCAGAAUUUUCGGCCCACCCCUCAAGCCCGCACCCCCCGCCGGACGCAAGGGCAAGGGGAAGGGACCCGCGCAGGCUAUAGUGAUCGACCAGGAAAACAACGCAGGGGUUGGAGAGGAGGAAGAGGAAGAGGAAGAGGAGGCGGAGGAAGAAGAGGAGGAGGAUAAGGCCGACGACGGCAAGGGCCACGAAGAGCCGGGAGAUGGGCCGGCAGCGAAGAGGGCGAGGCGACGCUCGAGGGCUGACUCGUGCACCGCGGACGAAGGGACUACCGCCGCCGCCGCUGCCGCCGCCGGGGGGGACGACGAGGAUGUAGGAGGCGAUGGCAACGAGGCGAGGCAAGCCGCCGCCGUCUCCGCCAUCGUCGCUGCGGCCGCCGAGGCGGACGAGUCAACCACCCAGGAGGAACUCGACUUCGCGCAGGCGGUGGCCGCGUCCUUGGCGCAAUCCCCGACCGCCGCUACUGCCGCCGCCGACAGCGAAGAAGAAGAGGGACAAGAAGAGCUGCCAGGGAAUAUCCCCGAGAGCGAGUUCUUCUGGGUGGAAGCGGAGUGGCUGCGGCAGUGGAUCGUCGGGCAGCGCGCCGAUCACAAUGCCUCUGAGGGGGGGGAGGCCGGCGGCGGCGGCAGCGAGAUGAUGGAGGUGGAAGAGACCACCAAGGCGGCGGGGGAGGGCGAGGCCAGCGAUGACGCCGGAGCCGCCGAUGCCGGUGAUGGACCAGAGCCGGAUGGCGCUGCUGUGGCGGCACACAGCAGCGGAGGAGGCCCUGAAGAAGAGGCAACAGGGGGGCCUGUGCCGCGGAGGGAGGAGGAGGAGGAGGAGGAAGAGGGGGCCCCGGAGGAGGAGGGCAACCCUGGCUCGGACGAAAGUUCCGUUUGCUUCAGUCAUGAUGCUGAUGGGGUGGAGGGCGACGUGGCGGGAACCACGUGUCGAAUUGCCACGGACGACAACAAGGAACAGGUUCUCCUGACGGAGGAGGUUGAGGAGGAAACGCCGUGCGUUUUCACGGAGCGCCUGACCAACGUGCCGCUGCUUUGCCCCCACGGCGGGCUCCACCCGGCCUCGGUGUCCAAGUUCAAGCUGGUCACCAGGGCUGCCUACGAGGGAAUCUUGUCGACGGUGUGCAUGCCUCGUCCGGACUACCACCUCUCCGCCUCGAACUACUACUGCUCCCUCUGUGUCAAGGACCACAUCGGGCAGAAGGAGAGCAACGUGAACGUGUCUCGCGAGAGCGGACAGCUCUUGGCGGAGUUGGAAAAGCCGGAGCCUUCGUGGCCACCACCACAGCAGCAGCAGCGCGAAGGAACGCGCGCGGCAAGAGGCCGAGGGGGAGGGAGGGGAUCGGGGGCGUCACCCCAAGUCCCGUUUGCGAUAUCGCGCAAGUGGGUAGCGGACUUGAAAGUCUGCCACGAUCAGUUCCUCCGCAAUGCCGGCAAGAGCUCGUCGAACUCGCAAGGCGGCGGUGGCAAGGGCAAGGGCAGCGGGGGCGGGAAGGGGCGGGGUCGGGGAGGGCAGGGUGGCGGUGCUGGCGGAGAGCCGGUUGGUGCGAUGAGGCUGCCGGAUGGACGGGUGAACCAGAACAUCACGUGCGAGCACGGGAACCUUGUCGGCGGGAAAUCCGGCAGGCGCAAGUACCGCUGGAUCUCCCCACGGGGGUGGGAGAUGGUGAAGAACCUCUUCCCGUUGGCGGAGGAGGUCGAGUACCCGGCCGGAACUCAGCCGUGCAGCCAGUGCGAAGAGCAGGAUAAGGAUGAGAUGAAGCUCAAGCUGGACCUGAGGCAGGCGAAGAGCGCGGAGCUCGUGACCGGUCCGUCUCUCAAAGGCCUCUGGAAGCGAAGCGAUGCUCUCCCCCCGAGAUUGCUCGCGCACAGCCGGGGAGGUUCUUCGAGCAGCAGCAAUAGCAGGCAAGCGAGCCUCAAAGCCCGCGGCAGGCCCGGGGGAGGUGGAACCCUACCUCGGUUCCUGUUGGUGUUUUGGGUCAGGUCGUAUGCAGCACUGCGCUGUGGUUUGUGGGGCCGGUCUUAG